CUCUUACAAAGCGCAUAAACAAAAGGCUUCCUGUGGAUCAGCAGAGCAAUCUAUUUCCUGGAUGACCACAGACCUCUCUACGCAUCAGACUGAGAAAUGGAAGCAUCAGCUAAAAUUUCGCAAAAUGAGACUCAAAAAGACUUGGGUAAACCAAAAACCAAGAAGAACCAAGAGGCCAAACUUUCCUCCAAAGGGACCAAAUCCAAUGAGGACAAACAUCCCAAAGUGAAAAAGACAAAAGACCAUAAGGCAGCACAAAACCUUUCAUCUCUGGAAGAAAAAGUGGACCAAGAUCGUCAGUGGUUACGAAUUCAACUAAAUAUGCAAACUAAGUCUUCACCGGUGAAGGUCAAAGAAGAAAUAAAGAACACAUCCAGUGAUCUUGAUGAGGAUUCUCUUGCCAAGUCUAGGCCCUACGCCUGUGCGGUUUGCCAAAAGAGUUUUGCUCAGAAGUCGAACCUUGUCACCCACUUUCGAGUCCACACCGGCUCCCGUCCUUAUAUGUGCAUGGAAUGCGGAAAGACCUUCAGCACCAGUUCGAAUGCGGUCACCCACCAGAGAGUUCACACCGGGGAGCGCCCUUACAGCUGCAGCGAGUGCGGGAAAAAGUUCAGCAUCAGCUCCAACUUAGUGACCCACCAAAGAGUUCAUACGGGAGAAAGACCUUACUCUUGUACUGAGUGCGGCAAGAGUUUCACUCACCGCUCCAAUCUGGUCAUACACCAGAGAGCCCAUUCUGGGGAGAAGCCUUACACGUGCCAAAAAUGUGGCAAAAAUUUUACACACAGCUCUCACCUUGUAGCCCAUCAGAAAGUUCACAUUUAAAGCACUUCUUGACUAAGAGUGAUGGGUUUGGACAUAUGGCCUUAUAAGCCUAAUCCAUUGCUUCAGAAAACCAGGCACUAGGUACUGUUCAUUGUCUUUUUGAAGGA